AAAGAAGCAAGUGUUAUAAGGGGAAAGCAAACGAACAAGGUCGAAUGCGUCAAGCUGAUCAACAAUUGCAUAUGAACGAUGGAGACCAACUGACAGUGCCGACCAGGAAGUAUACACGUGUAUUCAAUUCAAUCAUAACCAAUAGCGUUGUCUGUCAGCCCUUCAUCAUCAUUGACCGUGAGGCACGACUCAAGCGACCGGCCAGUGGGUCCUGCACUAGGCGAACUGUCUGUAUCGUUAGCAUUCAAUGCCUUAUCCUCAAGGUCAGUGUAUAUGUUCCAUACAAGGAUCUUCUAGCAGGUACUACAGCUCAAAGAGCAGAUGAAAAGGCAGAACAGAAAGAUGUUCAUUCUUUGCGUUCAGUCGAGAGCAAUUCUCGUCGUGUUCGUGUCAUACAUCAUCUGUAUGGACCAACACAUAGUCAAUCAAAGACUUCAUGGCCUCGCACGAUGAGAUCCUCACUGAUAGAUAUCACACUUUGGCGCCAUGAAUGUGUUCAAUGAGCACGAGUAACCACUCUCCCGACUAUCUGGUGGCAGAAGACGUCAAAGAUGAGCUGAGACGUGGGUUGACGACGCACAUGCUUGACGGACAACCGCGGAACUGCCAAUUCGAUGAUUAUCGGAAAACCAAUGUAACAC